AUGAGCCCCCCACAAAUCUCCAGGACAGGGCAGUACUCCCUCCUCGUCCUCGUGCUGGCCCUCGUCCUCGCCCGCUCCGACGCCCUCGACGCCCCGGCAGGCAUCCUCAACGGGUGGCGAGAUGAGAGGAAGCGACGGCGGCAGGAGAGAAAGAGGCGCGAGGCAGAGACGCCCCUCAAUACCCCAGCCCUCGAGAAGAGACUGGUCGACCUCUACAGCCCCGACCCCUCGUCCGACUCCCGCACCCUCCUCGUCCCCCACAUGGGUCGUAUAUCCAAGGUCCAGAUCACACCCACAUCUAAGGAGCUAUACAAAGAGCAUCUACCGCUGUUUCCCAGGCUGAAAGCUGGAGAGAGGCUAGGCGUCAACAAGAACUUUUGGAGGAUGCUAGGGGCGGUGCUCAAAGUGGCGUUUGCCAAUAGGGGUGGGAAAGAGGCAUUCCUGCUGCUACUGCACACCUUCUUCCUCGUCUCCAGGACCGUCUUGAGCGUGAUGGUGGCAAGGCUGGACGGGCGGAUCGUCAGGGAUCUCAUAUCGGCCAACGGAGCUGGUUUCCUUCGAGGACUCGGGUGGUGGUUUGCUCUCGCUGUACCGAGCACCUAUACGAACGCCAUGAUCAGAUACCUGGAGCGCAAGCUGGCGUUGGCCUUCCGAACGAAUCUCACCCGAUACAUCCAUGAUCUCUAUCUAAAUGAGAACCUCAACUAUUACAAGCUCGGGACUGGGGUGGGCGCGUCUACUGGAACCGCUGAUCAGUUCAUCACCACUGACGUAGCCAAGUUUUGCGACUCUUUGGCAGCUCUCUAUGGCAACAUUGGCAAGCCCACACUCGACAUGAUCAUAUUUACCUCUCAGCUAUCUGCCUCUCUGGGACCACUGGGCACUAUCGGUCUCUUUGCCAAUUACGGCUUGACAGCUUAUAUCCUACGAUCUGCUACCCCGGCAUUCGGCCGGAUGGCAGCAACCACCGCCAGAUUGGAGGGCCAGUACCGGGCAGGGCUAGCGAGGAUAGGGCGAGACGGGGAAGAGGUCGCAUUUUACAACGGAGGCAAGAGGGAGAAGGGCAUUCUGGUGGGAAUGUUUGAGGCGCUGAAAAAGCAUGUCCAUUCGGUCUUCAAGGCGAGAAUACCUUAUGGUAUGACGGAGGACUUCGUCAUCAAGUACCUCUGGUCUGCUGCUGGUUAUGGUCUCAUGUCUAUCCCCAUCUUCUUCCCAGGUGCGACCAAAGCCUUGUCUACUGGUGGAUCAAAGCCCCACGCCCACCAUGCCAUCGCCGAGCGUACCGAGAGCUACAUGUCCAAUCGCCGUCUCUUGCUAUCCCUUGCAGAUGCAGGCGGGAGAUUGAUGUACUCUGGCAAGGACCUCGCAGAGCUGUCAGGAUACACUAGCAGAGUUUACUCUCUGCUGGCAGAGCUUCACGGUUUGGACAACGGGAUAUAUGCUGCUCAAGCUCGUCCAGAUGACUUGCCUGCUGAUCAACCUUUCUAUGACAUGGCUAGAGUGGAAGGCGUCACCAGUAUCGGGCCAGACCACAUACUGCUCCGUGGUGUCCCUAUCGUCGCCCCCGCCGAAGGCGCAGGUGCCGAACGAGGUGGUGAGGAGCUCAUUAGAAGUCUAGACAUAAGAGUAGAGAAGGCAGAGCAUACCUUGAUCACAGGUCCCAACGGCUCCGGUAAGACUUCUGUUGCGCGUAUCAUCGCCCAACUUUGGCCAGUCUGGAAAGGCCUACUCGAGCGACCUGUGCAGGGCGAAGGGGGAAUAUUCUUCCUGCCUCAGAGACCGUACCUGAGUAUUGGUAGUUUGCGAGACCAGGUCACUUACCCCCAUACAUAUGCCGAGAUGAAAGCCCAUGGGAGGACAGAGACGGAACUGAUGGGCAUCCUGAAGGCUGUGCAUUUGGAGUAUCUACCUGGCAGAGAAGGAGGCUGGGAGACGAGGAAAGAGUGGAAAGACGUGCUCUCAGGCGGCGAAAAGCAGAGAAUGGGUAUGGCGCGACUCUUCUAUCACCGUCCCUCGUUCGCCAUCCUCGAUGAAUGCACCUCGGCCGUCUCGAGCGACGUUGAGGGAUUAAUGUACGAACAUGCCAAGGAUCUCGGUAUUACCCUCGUGACCAUAUCGCAUCGUCCUGGGCUGUUGAAGUACCAUAACAGACACCUUCGUCUGGGAGAUCCCGGUGCGCCUCAACCCAGCCGUCUAGCAUCCCGAGCUCCUUCCCGGCAUCAAUCAUCCCUGCAUCUCCCUCUGGCUCCUUCCACCCUUCAUCUGACUUCCCUUACUUCUAGCCUCCCAUCGCCUUAUGCUGAACUACCCCAAACACCCCUGGUAGAGAAGGGUUGGCAGUUCACGGUCAUGUCAUCGGGUACAGAUAAGGAGAAGCUGGAGCUGGAUAAAGAAAUAGAGAUGCUGGAAAGUAUCCUGGAGAAGGAAGUUGGGGAGUGGGAAAAGAGACUGGGAGACAUCAAUGGGGAGCUGAAAGGCCAAGUCAACACCACAUGA